AUGGACGGCGAUGGCGGCCGCCGGGACGCCCCCGGCGCGCUGAUGGAGGCCGGGCGCGGCGCGGGGCCCGCGGGCAUGGCGGAGCCGCGGGCGAGGGCGGCGCGGCCCGGGCCCCAGCGCUUCCUGAGGCGCAGUGUGGUGGAGUCGGACCAGGAGGAGCCGCCGGGCCUGGAGGCGGCCGAGACGCCGGGCCCGCAGCCCCCGCAGCCCCUGCAGCGCCGGGUGCUUCUGCUCUGCAAGACGCGCCGCCUCAUCGCGGAGCGCGCCCGCGGCCGCCCAGCUGCCCCUGCGCCUGCUCUCCCCGCCGGGUCGCCUGGCGCCCCCGGCACCCCCGCGGACCCCGGCCCAGAGCCCACAGGCACAAAGGAACUCGGCCCAGACGCCGCCACAGCCGCAACCGCGCCCGCCCUCGACGGCGGCCCCCAAGAGGAGGAGGCGGCGGCGGUGAAGAAGGAGGACGCGGGGGCGACCGAGGCGAAGCCCGACCCCGAGCCGGGGCGUACACGCCGGGAUGAGCCUGAGGAGGAGGAGGACGACGAAGAUGACCUCAAGGCUGUGGCCACCUCCCUGGACGGCCGCUUCCUCAAGUUCGACAUUGAGCUGGGCCGCGGCUCCUUCAAGACAGUCUACAAGGGGCUGGACACGGAGACCUGGGUGGAGGUGGCCUGGUGCGAGCUGCAGGACCGGAAGCUCACCAAGCUGGAGCGGCAGCGGUUCAAGGAGGAGGCAGAGAUGCUAAAAGGCCUGCAGCACCCCAACAUCGUGCGCUUCUAUGACUUCUGGGAGUCCAGCGCCAAGGGCAAGCGGUGCAUUGUGCUGGUGACCGAGCUGAUGACCUCAGGGACACUGAAGACGUACCUGAAGCGGUUCAAGGUGAUGAAGCCCAAGGUGCUCCGCAGCUGGUGCCGGCAGAUCUUGAAGGGCCUGCUGUUCCUGCACACGAGGACGCCGCCUAUCAUCCACCGAGACCUGAAGUGCGACAAUAUUUUCAUCACUGGACCAACUGGGUCUGUGAAGAUUGGCGACUUGGGCCUGGCAACCCUCAAAAGAGCAUCGUUUGCCAAAAGUGUGAUAGGUACCCCUGAGUUCAUGGCCCCCGAGAUGUACGAGGAGCACUACGAUGAGUCUGUCGAUGUCUAUGCCUUCGGGAUGUGCAUGCUGGAGAUGGCCACCUCAGAGUACCCCUACUCGGAGUGCCAGAAUGCCGCGCAGAUCUACAGAAAGGUCACCUGUGGCAUCAAGCCAGCCAGCUUUGAGAAAGUGCACGAUCCUGAAAUCAAGGAGAUCAUUGGGGAAUGUAUUUGCAAAAACAAGGAGGAAAGGUAUGAGAUCAAGGACCUGCUGAGCCACGCCUUCUUCGCAGAGGACACGGGCGUGAGAGUGGAGCUUGCGGAGGAGGACCACGGCAGGAAGUCCACCAUUGCCCUGCGGCUCUGGGUCGAGGACCCCAAGAAACUGAAGGGAAAGCCCAAGGACAACGGAGCCAUAGAGUUCACCUUCGACCUGGAGAAGGAGACGCCCGACGAGGUGGCCCAGGAAAUGAUUGAGUCUGGAUUCUUCCACGAGAGUGACGUGAAGAUCGUGGCCAAGUCCAUCCGUGACCGUGUGGCAUUGAUCCAGUGGCGGCGUGAGAGGAUCUGGCCUGCGCUUCAGCCCAAGGAGCAGAGGGACUCGGGCAGCCCUGACAAGGCCAAGGGUCCGCCGGUGCCCCUGCAGGUCCAGGUGACCUACCACACCCAAACUGGGCAGCCUGGGCUGCCGGAGCCCGAGGAGCCGGAGGUCGACCAGCACCUCCUCCCACCCACGCUGCCGACCAGCGCCACCUCCCUGGCCUCGGACAGCACCUUUGACAGCGGCCAGGGCUCCACGGUGUACUCGGACUCUCAGAGCAGCCAGCAGAGCGUGGUGCUGGGCUCCCUCGCGGACGCGGCACCACCCCAGGCGCCGUGUGUGUGCAGCCCCCCCGUGAGCGAGGGGCCUGGCCUGCCGCAGAGCCUGCCCUCGCUGGGGGCCUACCAGCAGCCCGUGGCCGCGCCUGGCCUGGCGGUGGGCUCCGUCCCGGCCCCCGCCUGCCCUCCCCUCCUCCAGCAGCAUUUCCCGGAGCCGGUGAUGAGCUUCGCCCCUGUGCUGCCGCUGCCCAGUGCCCCUGUGCCCACAGGCCCAGGCCAGCCAGCGCCCGCCAGCCAGCAGCCUCCUCCGCUGGCCCAGCCGACACCCCUGCCACAGGUCCUGGCCCCACAGCCCGUGGGCCCCCUCCAGCCGGUGCCCACCCACCUGCCUCCGUACCUGGCCCCAACCCCCCAGGUGGUGGCCCCCGUUCAGCUGAAGCCUGUUCAGAUGCCACAGGCACCCCUGCAGCCACUCGCUCCAGUCCCUCCACAGAUGCCUCCAAUUCCUGUUGUGCCCCCCAUCACGCCCUUGGCAGGAAUCGACGGCCUCCCUCCAGCCCUCCCUGAGCUACCGGCCGCGAAUGUGCCCCCCGUGCCGCCGCCUCAGUAUUUCUCUCCGGCCGUGAUCUUGCCGAACCUCGCCGGCCCCCUGCCCCCUGCGUCCCCAGCUCUGCCUCUGCAGGCCGUCAAGCUGCCCCACCCUGCUGGGACGCCCCUGGCCAUGCCCUGCCAGACCAUCGUGCCAAAUGCGUCUGCCACCAUCCCCUUGCUCGCUGUGGCCCCACCGGGCGUGGCUGCCCUGUCCAUUCACCCUGCUGUGGCCCAGCUCCCCGCCCAGCCUGUGUACCCUGCAGCCUUCCCGCAGAUGGCGCCUGGCGAUGUCCCGCCUUCCCCUCACCAUGCAGCGCAGAACGUGCGGGCUGCCCCCCUACAGCCAGCACUGCCCGUGCAUCCCGAGCCCCUCCAGCCCAGCGUCCACCUUCCCGAGCCAGCUGCUCCGGCCGCAGUGCCAGCGAGCCAGAUCCUGCUUGGCCACCCGCCUCCCUACGCUGCAGACGUUGCUGCUCAGGUGCCACCAGCUGCUGUCCUCUCCCCGCCUCUGCCGGACGUGCUACUGCCCACUGCCCCUGAGCUCCUGCCUCAGUUCCCCAGCUCUCUGGCCCCUGCAAUGGUGGCAGCUGCUCAGAGUGUGCCUGCCCAGACCACCACGCUCCUGCCGCCGGCAAACCCGCCACUGCCUGGUGGGCCCGUGAUUGCCAGCCCCUGCCCCGCCGUCCAGCUGACAGUGGAACCGACCCAAGAGGAGCAGGCCCCGCAGGACAAGCCACCUGGCCUCCCGCAGAGCUGUGAGAGCUAUGGAGGUUCUGACGUCACUUCUGGAAAAGAGCUGAGUGACAGCUGUGAAGGCACCUUUGGAGGGGGCAGGCUGGAGGGCAGGGCCGCCCGGAAGCACCACCGUAGGUCCACACGUGCGCGUUCCCGGCAGGAGAGGGCCAGCCGGCCCCGGCUGACCAUCCUGAACGUGUGCAACACGGGGGACAAGAUGGUGGAGUGCCAGCUGGAGACGCAUAACCACAAGAUGGUGACCUUCAAGUUUGACUUGGAUGGGGAUGCGCCUGACGAGAUUGCCACGUACAUGGUGGAGCACGACUUCAUCCUGCAGGCCGAGCGGGAGACAUUCAUCGAGCAGAUGAAGGACGUCAUGGACAAGGCAGAGGACAUGCUCAGUGAGGACACAGAUGCCGACCGUGGCUCUGACCCGGGGGCCAGCCCGCCGCACCUCGGCACCUGUGGCCUGGGCGCCGGGGAGGAAAGCAGGCAGUCCCAAGCCAACGCCCCUGUGUAUCAGCAGAACGUCCUGCACACCGGGAAGAGGUGGUUUAUCAUCUGUCCAGUGGCCGAGCACCCGGCGCCUAAGGCCCCUGAAUCUUCGCCCCCACUUCCUCUCGGCUCCCUGCAGCCAGAAGCCAGCCAAGAUCCAGCACCCUAUAAAGACCAGCUGCCCUUGAAGGAGCAACCUGGCCUCCUAGCUGGUCAGCAGUUCCUGAGCCAGGCGGGCCCCGGCAGCACUCCCAGCGGGACACCCGCCCCUUUGGUACCAUCUUCCCCUCCUGUGACUGCUCUGCCUCAAGACGCAGCUGCACCAGCCACCAGCACCAUGCCAGAGCCAGUGUCAGGGACUGCCGUCCAGGCAGGGGGUCCAGGAACCCCUCAGGGGCCGACCAGUGAGCUCGAGACCACCCAGCCACUAGUGGAGACUCACGAUGCCCGGCUUGCUUCACAGCCCCUCGCGGUGGGCCUGGGACCUCGUGCCCCACCUCUGGAGCCCUCCCUCUGUGCCAUGGGUCUUGGGGAGCCCGCCUCAGCCAGAGAGGCCAGUGCCCCAGGGGAACCCCUGCCGGUUCCUGCACCUGAGCCCAGCCCCCCCAGUGGGGCCCCGCAGCCCAGCUUGGGGCAGCCCCCUCCCCCACUCCCUGCCGCAGUGGGAGCCGUCAGCCUGGCUGCCUCCCAGCUCCCAAGCCCACCCUUGGGGCCUGCCGCCCCACCACAGCCACCCUCGGCCCUGGAGUCAGAUGGGGAAGGGCCGCCCCCGAGAGUGGGCUUUGUGGACAGCACCAUCAAGAGCCUGGAUGAGAAGCUGAGGACCCUGCUCUACCAGGAGCACGUGCCCACCUCCUCAGCCUCAGCUGGGACUCCCGUGGAGGUGGGCGACAGAGACUUCACCCUGGAUCCCCUGAGAGGGGACCGGCCUCGCACGGAGGCCUGUGGGGGAGACCUGGCCCUGCCCCUGGUGCCUAGUGAUGCGGUCCCAGGGCAUGCGCGGCUGCCCCAGCCCUCGUUGGAAAAGUCAGAACUGGCGCCUACUCGAGGGGGUAUGACGGAGCAGGGCACAUCUUUAUCAAUGACAGCAGAGUUGUCUCCCAGCAGCACUCUGGGCUUUCACAGAGACGGCGGGCAGGUGGCCUCCGACUCCUCCAUGGCACCAAGCGCCCCCCAGGAUGCGAGCCCUGCACUUAAGGAACCCACAGCCAUGGACAGCAGGGUCCCUGGGGAACGCUCGGCAGAGCUCCUUCAGAGCAGCACGGGGAUGUUCGCAGAGGCUGGUCAGGCCAGCCACCCCCAGACGUACAGCACUCGGGCCUCAGGGUCCCCUUGGAAGCGGCCGGGGCAGCAGGAUGGCAGCUCGCCAGCCAAGACCGUGGGCCGCUUCUCAGUGGUCAGCACGCAGGACGAGUGGACGCUGUCCUCCCCCCACAGCCUGAGGUACUCCGCCCCACCCGAUGUCUACCUGGACGAGGCGCCUUCCAGCCCCGACGUGAAGCUGGCAGUGCGGCGGGUGCAGACAGCCUCCUCUAUAGAGAUCGGCUUGGGCGAGCCCGUAUCCAGUGACUCUGGGGACGAGUGUCCUCAGGGGCGGCCCGCGGUGCAGAAGCAGGCAUCCCUGCCCAGUGGCGGGAGCGUGGCCAGCGACCUGGUGAAGAAGGCCACCGCCUUCCUGCACAGGCCCUCGCAGGCUGGCUCUCUGGACCCAGAGACGCCUGGCAGAGCAGGCGUGAAGGUCCCCACCAUCAGCGUGACAUCCUUCCACUCCCAGUCCUCCUACAUCAGCAGCGACAAUGACUCGGAGUUCGAGGACGCUGACAUAAAGAAGGAGCUGCAGAGUCUGCGGGAGAAGCACCUGAAGGAGAUCUCAGAGCUUCAGAGCCAGCAGAAGCAGGAGAUCGAGGCUCUGUACCGCCGGCUGGGCAAGCCGCUGCCCCCCAACGUGGGCUUCUUCCACACGGCGCCCCCUACCGGCCGCCGGAGGAAAACCAGCAAGGGCAAGCUGAAGGCUGGGAAGCUGCUGAACCCCCUGGUGCGGCAGCUCAAGGUUGUGGCCUCCAGCACAGGUCACUUGGCUGACUCCAGCAGAGGCCCUCCUGCUAAGGACCCUGCCCAAGCCAGUGCGGGGCCCGCUGCGGCCAGCACCGGCCCGAGCGGGAAGGCCGUGCAGACUCAGCAGCCCUGCUCCGUCCGGGCCUCCCUGUCUUCGGACAUCUGCUCCGGCUUAGCCAGUGACGGAGGCGGAGCGCGUGGCCAAGGCUGGACGGUUUACCACCCAACGUCUGAGAGAGUGACCUAUAAGUCUAGUAGCAAACCUCGUGCUCGAUUCCUCAGUGGACCCGUAUCUGUGUCCAUCUGGUCUGCCCUGAAGCGUCUCUGCCUAGGCAAAGAACACAGCAGUAGGUCCUCCACCAGCAGCCUGGCCCCAGGCCCUGAGCCAGGCCCCCAGCCCACCCUGCACGUCCAGGCGCAGGUGAACAACAGCAACAACAAGAAAGGCACCUUCACGGAUGAUCUGCACAAGCUGGUGGACGAGUGGACGAGCAAGACGGUGGGGGCCGCGCAGCUGAAGCCCACGCUGAACCAGCUGAAACAGACUCAGAAGCUGCACGACAUGGAAGCCCAGGUGGGCCGGGCUGCCCCUGGGGAUUCAAAGGCUAUGACCACACCUCAAGCAGGAGUGGGGAUGCCGCGUCUGGCCCCGGCGCCCAGCCCUCUGUCUUCCACAGUCAUUCCUGGAGCCGCCCCGGCCCUGCCCGUGCCCACACCAGAUCCUGAGAGUGAGAAGCCCGACUGA